AUGGCGGUAAAAUUUGUUUCCUUCACAACUUUCGUCGACCCAUUGUUUUGGGAUGAGUUGGGCAUGCGCAAGUUGAAUGACUGGAAGUUGGACGAGCAACCACACUCAAUCACUGCUACAUAUUGCAACCAAGAUCCAGGGACAUCAAAUACGAGGUUGUCCAUAUCAUUUGAUGCAUUUUUGGCCAAAUCAGAGUGGAACAAAAAUGUGGUUCCUGUGAAUGGAUUAGUGCUUGCUGUAAAUACUCAUGAAACAUUCAAAAAUCUUGAUAGGAAGCAAAUCUUGUGUAAUGCUGCUCAAAAGGUGAAAAAGUGCAUCGAGUCUUUGGAUUGGCUUGAAAAACCGUCUUUAUUAAAUACAUUUUAUCUAACGGUGUAUCCGGAUCUGAAAAAAUAUACCUUCCGGUAUUGGAAUUGUAUUCCUGCACUUCUUUAUCCACAAUCAGUAAGGAUGUUAUCAGAUCCCACACAGCUUUCAGCCGAAGUGACUUCUUUAAUUCAAGUUUUCAUUGCAUUACAUCACAAUGAACCGUUUUUGCUGGUCGGUAAGACGCCCACUCCUUUAUCUUCAAUACUUCUAAGUACCUUCGUGUGGAGCAAUGACGUCUAUGUCGUUUAUGCAGAUCCAUCUACCUUGGCAGCUUUUCCUGGAUGGCCAUUAAGGAACCUCUUAGCUGCGAUAGCUUAUGUUCGAAAAGAUCUGAAGAAUGCCAAGUUUGUGUGUUAUCGAAGUGGUAGUGUUCCUAGUGUCAUUAUGCAUCUAGCUUGGGAAGCGAGCGGUAUUAUCAGCACAGAUGCAGUUGGGUGGGAGAGAGUGAAAGGUUCACUCUCCCCUGCGUUUAUCGAUCUACGUGGAAGCCUAGAUCCGCUAAAAUUAAUGGACUUUAGUGCUGAACUAAAUUUGCGCCUGAUUCGAUGGCGUUUGGUGCCCAGUAUCAAUCUUCAGCGUUUUUCUAAUUUAAAAUGUUUGAUAUUAGGUGCUGGUACACUGGGUUGUAAUGUGGCACGUUCACUUCUUGGUUGGGGUGUUAAAAAUUUCACAUUUGUCGAUAAUGCUCGUAUAUCUUACAGUAAUGUCGUAAGACAAUCACUGUUUUCUUUCGAUGAUGCUGCGAAUGGAGGGAAAUUAAAAGCUGUUACAGCCGCGGAAGGUCUUCGUAAAAUAAAUCCGUUAAUAAACGCUGAAGGCGUUUGUUUGAAAAUACCAAUGCCAGGUCAUAGCGUUUCAAAACAAGAGGAGAAAGAAGUUGAGGGAAUCGUGAAACGUUUGGAAGACCUUGUGAAGCGUCAUGAUGUAACCUUUCUGUUACUUGACAGUAGAGAAGCAAGGUGGUUGCCAACACUUAUAACAACUUACCAAUGCAAAUUGGCAAUUAGCGUUGCGCUUGGCUUCGAUUGUUUUGUCGUAAUUCGUCAUGGUGUUUCUGAUGAUGAAACCAGUGAAGAGCAGUCACAAAGUGAUCUUAACACUAUCCUUGGUUCUCAGUUGGGUUGUUAUUUUUGUAGUGAUGUGACCGCACCUGGUAAUUCUUCUGUUAGUCGACCAGGUAUAUCUCUAGCUGCUUCUGGUGCAGCGGUUGAACUACUUGCAGCGGUUGUUCAACAUCCUAAGAUGGGAGGCUCUCCUGCUCGUCUUGGAGAAAAUGAUGAGUCAGCAACUGUUCUCGGUGCAACACCACAUCAAAUCAGAUCUUUCCUUUCAAGAUUUACGCAGAUGACCCCAGCCGUCAAGCGUUUCGAGCGUUGUGUCGCCUGUGGAGCUGCCGUGCAAACUGCAUAUCGCUCGGAAGGCUUUCAAUUCUUGCUGAAAGUUUUCAAUAGUCCGCUUUAUUUGGAACUAGUUUCUGGACUAGAUCAGUUGCAGGCGACUGCAAUAGAAAUGGAUCUCAGAGAAUUCGACGACAAUGAGAGUGUCUCAUCUAUCUAA